AUGGCAGCUAUGGCAACAGAUGACAUUUCCAUCGUCUUUCUUAUCGGUCUCGUAAAGCUGUGGCAAAAUAAUCGAGAGCUUCGAAAGUACGAAGUUAUCGACGAGGAACGGCGGUCUCGAAUUACAGAGAUGAAGCACUGUGGGAUCCGCCACAUGAGCUACUCGAAUGUUCCGUUUGGCGUGCGAGCCAUCGAACGCGGAGUCGAAGUUGAAGGGAUAUGGAUAGCCGGUUCCAGACCAGCAGAGGCUAGCCAGACUGCUUCCUCUGCUCCUUCAGCCAUCGAAGGCUCGAACCAGGCUGUCCCGGGCGGAGAAAAGGUAUACUACUGCUUGGAAGAUGCUCAGGAAAACGUUGGCGAAUCGUCGAAUGCAGCAUUUACCCGCUCCAGUGCGCUAUCAGCACCCGAUGCGCACGAUGUGGCCGAGUAUUCCGACUACGCAGUGGAACACAACGACGAGAAUCGUGUGCCUGCAACAGCAGACGGCACUGGUUUCGUUGCAAGGCUCAGAGAGAAGCUUCACGCUCUCCCCUCAACAGAUGGCCAGGCACAGGCCGAGGUCGAGGGCAGUAUCGCUGGACUCGAGUGUCGUCAACAACCUGCAGAACACGAGGCAGGUUUACGGCUCUGCCCAGGUAUUCGUGAACAGGACGCAUCGCAGGCUGAACUCUGGGUUUGA